AUGGCCACGGCACGAGCACUCCGUCUCUUCGCCUCAGGCUCGCCAGCGACCCGGCGCGGCCUGCCCGGCGCGCACGGCCGCGCGCUGUCCGCAUUGUCAUCGCAAGCCAGCGGCGCGGGCGAUCCCGCGGUCCACUCCGGCGACCAUCCGAGCGACGACUACGCCGAGGGGCCCCCAAAGUUCUCCGGCGCGGAGGAGGCCAUCGAGGGCAAAGGCCAAGACAAGCAUCCGCCGUCGUCCGCGACGACGCGGCCGACGGAGGGGUAUGCCAAGGAGCAUCGCGUCCCGCCGUUCACCCCCUCGGGGAAGCUCGGGUCGCAGGAGCUGGCGGACCCGGCGGCCGGGUCCACGUUCACGCAGAAGCGCCGCUGGUCCUCCAAUUCCAAGCCAGCCGGCAGCGACCCGCUCGGCGACGCGACGCCCGGGGACGAGGAGGCCGCGGCGCGGAAGGUGCGGGAGGAGGACCGGGAGUACUACCGCACGCACAAGCCGUCGGCGCUGGCCGAGGUGGAGUUCGCGGACACGAGGAAGCCGGUGACGCGCGCCACGGACGGCGGCGCCGAGGACCGGCUCGAGCAGGACGUGCCGGGGACCAUGGUAGAGGACACCGCGGACGCGUCGCUGGCCCGCGCCGAGGCCAUGUUCCGCGAGGCGGCCUCGCGCGGCAACCCCGCGUGGCCGCACUCCCGCGCGCUCGCGGCCAUGCUGGCCCGGCAAGGCGGGGAGGGCGGCGAUGGCGCCGGGGACGCCGCGCCCUGGGGAAGCUAAGCUGAUUCCUGUCUCGCUCGCGUGACCGUGGCGCGCGCGCGCGCACGUCACUGACACUACUUUUAAGGAUAGUAGUGGAGUGUAAAAUAGGUCGCCACGUUCGUGUAAAAUAGAAGCCUGAUAGUGCCACUGAA